AUGGAAAGUCUAAAUAAAGCCAGAAGAUAAAGCACUUUGAAGAAAAGAUUGCUCUACAACAGACAGAGAACAUAUUCUGAUGGAGAUGUUGAGAAGAUCUUGUCAAUGGAUCCCUCGGAAAUGACUGAAAAGGAAAAGAUCAUUUGGAAGGUUGAGAUAUUGAAGAACAGUGAGGACAUGGACGAUUUAAUAGACUAAAAGAUCAGGAUGAUUCAAGAGGAGAGAUUUAAGAUUAACGAGUGUAUGACAGGUGCCACAGAUACAAUUUCAACCUAUCAAAAAGCAGUAGAUAGAAUAGCUGCUAAAAGCAGAAGGGAACCCCUCGUAGAGUAAAGCAGAUAUGAGAGUUUGAUAAAUAUGGCUAGAGAUGAUCGCUAAAAAAAGAAAACUCUGCCUCUUAUUGAAAGUUUUGAUGUCGAUCAGAAAGCAGUAAGACUUAGACCGAACCUCGCAAACUUCAACAAGCUUUCUAAUAUAAGCAAUCUAGCAGUCAAUAAUCAAUCACAGAGUGCAAGAAGUCAUUCAAAUUAAAGAGUAAAGCCUUUGAUUAAUCAAAACCAAACUCUUGAAAUACCUGAGGUUUUUAAUAGGCUCUAUAAGCAAGAGUAACUUAGGCACUGUUGUGAUGCUUGCAAGUCCGGGCCAUGUGAGCACAAUAAGCCAGACAAGUCACUCUCAAGUCAUAGUUAAAGAAGUGGAUCUAAGCGUAGCAUGAGAUCAGGAGCAUCAAGAGGCAACUCUAAAAGCAGACCCCUGAGUAAAGCCAGAAAAUCCUCUGGUAUUUCGAAUUGA